CACAGCUGGUGAUGAACAGGAAUAAAGCAUUUUGCCAGUUAAUGAUGAGCUUCCUUAAACUCCAUGGAUAUGGAGGUUGCAACACCAAUGGAAAAAGGAGUUCUCCUUUCCCUUUUACCAAACAGCGCACAAGAUUUUUGCAAAGCAAACAACAACGGUUUUCAGCUGCAGAAGAAGAGGGCAAAGAAGAAGAUAGAAAAGAACAUGAAGAGGCUGAAAAAGGAGAUGGAAGAAAUAAGUGAGGAGCAGAAAAGUAUAUGGGAAGGGCAGAGACAAGUUAGGCAGAAGUUCGAGGCGAUGGAAGAAGAAUGCAAGCAGCUUCGGGAGGAGACGAAGCUCAUAACGAUGCAGAGCAGAAGCACCCAACUCCGCCUCUUUCUCAUGUUCCAAAUUCUCAAAGACAGGGAGAACAAUGAUCUUGUCAGAGCCACCGAGUUGACCCGAUGUCUCCGUGAAAUGAUUUCCGCCCAGCAGAACAAGCAAAUUAGGUCUUAACUAGGUUGUCCUGUCGAAAAGGUUAGUGAAAAUGGUAUGCGCGCUAAGAUGCGUGCAUCUGGAACAGGGCAGUGUUAUGUAUU